AUGGUUACACUGGAUUGGCUCACAUGCAUUGCAAAUACAUUUCAGCUGCUUCCAGAGACACAGCUGACGAUCGUGUAUUUGUUCGACCGAUACCUCAUGGUUCAUCGAUUCACAGUUGAUAAGGUACUGCUAUCUCUGAACUAUGAGAUAGGCGAACCGCGUGCCAUCCAUUUCGUAAGACGUUUUACUAAGCAUUUUGAACUCGGCGUGCAUCAGCUGGCGAAAGCAAUCUGUGAGAUUGCAGCAUACGACUACAACAUCUGUCACGUAAAGCCGUCGAUGAUCGCGUUUGCUUCUGUUUAUCUUGCUGCCGCGUUGAAAAAAAUCGAGUUCCCGGAACAGCUGUACACCACUGCCAAAUUCUCGAAAACGAAGGUGGAGAAGUUGGUACCAACGCUGGCUAAUGCGGUAGUGGAUAUGCUGAAAAAUCAGAAGCAGUAUCCGCACAUUUACAAGAAAAUGCUGGUGCAUCGGGAGCUGAUUUUCUCGGCAAACAACAUUGCUGCACUGACUGCUGCUGCGAAUGCGUCGCGCCCACAUGAAGAAUACUGA